AACACAACUCUGUUGCAUUUGGCUGUAACAUCGUCGCUGACAUCUUGGGCAUAUGCGCUGUGUCGUUUUAAACGUUCUUUCCAAAACACGCUCUUGAAGAGUGACCAGUGGUUUGAUUUGUGCAUGUGCAAAUCGCUGAGUGAAGCUACUGAACUGCGCGAUGAUUUGAUCUUAUCGGUGUGUCCGAGUACCUUGCACGAAGUGAAACGUUAUGCGACAGUAAUGAAUGCGUGCGCAAGCUGCAAGCUGAUGCUGUUUCUGUUCCGUUGCUCGAUGCAAAAAGAAGAGGCUAAACGUCAAAACUACUGGAAAGAGUGGCCAGCUAUGCUGGAAAGGCGAAUUUCAUCGCGGUCUAUUCGGAAGCUUGCUCUAACAGCAACGUUGAAUGCAUGGCAAGAGCUAAUGGCACCACACAUCAAGGUCUGUAUUUGA